GGCGAGCGGACGGUUGGUGGAGCUGAUGUGAGUGGGUCGGGCGGCGGGAGCAGCUCUCGGUCCCGUCCCCUUCUGGCGCCCGGCUGGCGAGUGGCUGCUGGCUCUAGUGUUUUCUGUAUUGAUUCAGUGCAGGUUUCUGAUUCGUCAAUUGAUAAGGAUGUCGAGUGAUCGUGCUCUAUUAAAUCGCUUGGAGCAGAGGGCUGUAGAGGCUGACCAGGUCAUUGAAUAUCUUAAACAGCAAGUGGCAUUACUUAAAGAGAAAGCAAUCCUACAGGCAUCCCAAAGAGAAGAAAAGAGACUUCGUGUUGAAAAUGCAAAGUUGAAGAAGGAAAUUGAGGAUUUAAAGCAGAAUCUCAUUGAAGCAGAGAUCCGUAAUGGAGUUAAACAAAUUCCAGUUCCGACAGUGGCUUCCGUUCAGUCUGCUCCUGAAACAUGUUUGUCUCCACAAACCCAAGUGGUUACUACAAAUGCAAAUGUGAAAACAUCAGAAGUGAGUGAAGACAAGAAAAAGAAAGACAAACCGGACAAGAAACCAGAUAAAAAAGGAGAAAAGAAAGAGAAGAAACAGACAACGGGAGGCGGUGAUGAUUCCAAACCAAUUGACAUUUCUCGCUUAGACCUACGCAUUGGGCGUAUCAUCUCUGCUAAAAAGCAUCCUGAUGCUGACUCGCUCUAUAUGGAAGAAAUUGAUGUUGGAGAAACAAAUCCAAGAACUGUUGUCAGUGGACUGGUGAAACAUGUGCCCAUUGAGGAGAUGCAAAAUCGACUGGCAGUAAUGCUGUGCAACCUUAAACCAGCUAAAGUGCGGGGAGUAGUCUCGCAAGCUAUGGUGAUGUGUGCAAGCUCACCAGAGAAAGUUGAAAUCUUGGAUCCUCCAUGUGAUGCCCUGCCUGGGGAUAGAGUAACUUUUGAAAACUAUCCUGGUGAACCCGACAAGGAGCUAAAUCCAAAGAAGAAAAUAUGGGAUCAAAUUCAGCCGGACCUAAGCACAAAUGAAGAAUGUAUUGCCACAUACAAAGGAACUCCAUUUGUGGUGAAAGGAAAGGGCGUUUGCAGAGCUCAGACAAUGGCUAAUAGUGGAAUCAAAUAAAUUUUAUUUCUCUGUAAUGUUAAUGAGUGUCUAAUACUGCAAAAAGCACAAUAAAUACUUGAAAACA